CGAAAACACUGAAUGAUAUUACAGACCAAAUUGUAAACUAGAUGCUGAGGCCCUCCUCAACCACCUCAGACUCAACAUCGCCCUUACAGAUUGUGGACUCUCUCAAUCGGUCCAUUCUCAACUCUCACUUCAGUCCCUAAUCUCAUGUUUCACACCCUCUUCGAAGGCGAGGAUUUGACCCGACUCGGUGGUGCCACGCACACACGUAUUCGUUUAUCCACACGUACAUACAACCACAAUUCUCACUCUACUAAUCGCCAAGUCUCACACAUCUCACCCACUUACAGAGUUCAUAGCAUCGAUCCACAGGCCGUUUCUAUGUUUCAAUUUUUCCUAUUCGUCCUCUAACUGGGCAAGCACGAGUCCCAUUUUCAUUCCCCCUUCCCAUUUCCAAUACCUUGUAUCCAUUCCCAUCUUGGAGUUCCGCCUUCCCCGUCGUCGUCCCCGGCUCUAAAAGUCAAUUAACUUAAACAUCGGCUGCCCCCAAAGCCCGUCCCCCGUUCCGCCUUCCUUCCUUUCUUCGAUGUCAUAUUUCCCUUCCUUCCAUCUCGUUUUUGCUCUGCGCCUGUAAGACAUCGUGGUACAUAUCUCACAUUUCCGAACUUUGGCUGCUUCUCUCAACAACACCAUCUUCUGAUAUACCAAACAAUCAAAUAUUCCAUCAACAGCGUCCACCGCUUUUCUUUCGCAAUGCCUAUUCGCAACCCUUUCGCUCGUCGCCCUGGCAGUGUUAUCGUUCAAGAUGAGAACCAGCGCCCUGAUUCUACCCCUGGCUUCGAGAAAGUCGACACUGUCGGCUCCAAGUCCACCCCUGUUUUAAGCAUUCGAAGUCAAGGUCGCGACAAUGGCGAAUACAAGAUGAGCGGUAUGUCAACCGGCCCUGGUCGCUUCCCGUCUCUCAUGGCCUCCCCCUCUACCUCCGUAGUGGGGGGGCAAGUCAUGAAGAGGCGCAUUUGGCAUCUUGUCACAAGACCAGAGGGACUUGGCUAAUUUGUCUUUACGCAACAGUUGUCAACGACAGUGGCGUCUAUCUUCCUGUAAGUCGAUUUAGCCCAACGUGCAUAAUGCCAGAUUUGAAGCUAACGGUCGCAAAGCCAUCACCUACUGAGGAAAAGGGCCAGUGGCCUCGAAAGUACCUCUCGACCCGCAACUCGACAGAUACUCGAAGCAGUUCUGGCGACAUUGAACAUUUCUCUAUUUCCCGCGAGUCCUUUGAUUCCUACCGCCGAUCUUUCGACAUUUCUGCACGAUCGCCAAUGCCCAACAGCGAUUUCCCAACGCGCCAGAGCCUUGACUCAGCACGUCUUCCCCGACUACCUAGAUCUGCGGUCGAGCGAUCAUUCGAGCAGCCGCCAACCGCCGAGGAGCGUUUUGAAGACGUUGGACUGGACGAUCAUAAGCAGCAACAACAGCAGCUGGCUCCCCAGGCACAGCCUCAGAAGCGGGGAUUUUUCUCGAAAUUCUCCGACAAGGACAGCUCGAGCAAUCCUACUGUAUCCCGUUUCCUCAUGCAUGGUCGCAAAAGAGCCCAGAGCGGCCAAGGUUCGGAGCUCACUCCCAUGGACAACGCAUCGCCCAAGGUGACUGUCUCAACCGAUGGUCAAGAAAUGCAAUGAUAUGCACGAUCAAAGUUUUGUUCUUCUACAUUGUAUUAGAGAUACCUGGAGUUUUCGUUUACAUUCUCGGCGUUUUCGGUUGGCUAGGUCGGGAUAAUGCUAGAAUCGCAUUCGCUAUGAGACUAUCCUGGGUAUACCUUGAUGGUGAAUCAAGGGUUGGAUGAAUUGUGCAAAGAGCAUUUGUGGGCUGAACGUUGAGUUGUAAUGCCCAGACGGACAAGCAACAUGUGCUCUGGGCCGUGUCCCUCGAAGAGGAUCGAAUAUGAGCUACAUAAUGAUAAUGAGAAGAGACAUAUGUUUCAGUGUACCUGUAUAAUGGCUUCGAGUGGUCGCUGGUCAUCAGGGUGAGGACAUUACAACCAUAAGCUAUAAACUCUCGGCCUCGGUUACAGAAGUAUAAACUGAGUGGAUGCUUGAGUUUAACGAGCAACCGAUCCAGCGUUACAUUGUCGAAGCUGAUGCGAUAUUAAUUGGAUAAUUAUGUUUCAGCUUAUAUUCAGCAUAACAGGAUCUUGCCAUAGGGCGUGGUAAUAUAGCCGAUGACGGAGACAGUCCAGUAAAAGAAACCGUAGAAUUGUUCCUGCGGC